CGCGCCUCCUCCCUUACCACGGCUAUGCGCCCGCCCCCGCGCACCGGCGGCCCUUCGCUAUUGGUUGCGCGGCACUUCUGUCUCAGACACGCCCCCAGCACGUGGAUUUGGACUCGGGAGUUCGCGCUGGGGAACCCCAGUUGGGGACCUUCAGCCGGCGUACUUCUACCUUCUUUUAACUACCCUGCCCUGCCCGGCCUUGAGCACACUUCCCACGCCUGCUCUGCGUUGUCCUACCCCCACUGUCACCUCUAAGCCGCCCGUUAGGCCAGCGUGGUGGGGAAGGCUCUUAGUAGCAGGCUCAGGUAGUCUGACCUCUAACCGCAUGGCCAGUCACCUGGUGCUUCCUGCGGCCGUGCCUUCAAACCUUCACCCAGACCUUGUGGUUGGUCAUUUCCCUGGGCGCCUUCUCAAUCUCUCCUUCUUUGUUCUCCAGCCUUAGAGAAGAACGGUCUCUCCCUCCCUGUACUCUAGAGUCUAGACCCUCGCGGAGCCUGGCGUCACAAGUUAAAUAUGCCCUCGUAGGCAUGUUCACCCCAGCUAAGUGGUGUUGGUGGUGGCCGGAGGACAGAGGCACCCUCUUUGAGGUCCCCAAAGGCAGCUGGGAGGGUUGGAAGGGACUCCCUGUGCACACAGGUACCCCUGAAUUCAACUCUGAGAUCAGGUUCAUAUGCUUUCCCAGCUCCUCUGUGCAUUCCCCUCAUUAGGUACCUCCACUCACCCCAAAGUCCCUGACUUUUCAUGUUAAAUGUUCCUGACUCUUUCAAGGAGGCAGAAUUCACGUUAACCAAGCAUAAAACACUUUAUACACAAGUGGUCCCCUUUCCACAUGAUGCCAAGGUAGGAAUUCCUAGCAUAUACCUUUUAUGGAUGAGGAAACUGAGGCUGAGAAGAGACGUCCCUGGUCACUCUGGCUCCUGUCUGAGCCACUGCCCCAGGAGCCAGGGUCAGCCCCACUGUGCUGCCUACUUGAGAGAAGGGACACACUAGCAGGCCAGGGAGGGGAAGACAGAAGUGUCACCACUGUGGGUGGCCAGGCCUGGAGAGGAAGCCACACCUGGAGGCUGCCAGACCCCUGUGGGCAGGGAAGGAAGCUGGCUACAGCUCAUCCGCUCUUCCAGGCUUUGGAGAGCUUAGGGACAGUGUGUGGCUUGCAGGUACAGAGAAGGGACUGGAUAUAGGGAGUGGGGGGGUGGGCGGUGGAUGGUGGCCCAGGCAAAGCCAAGCCAAGGCAGGGUUGGGUAUUUGCCACCCACCUUGCUGCACCCAGAAGGAAAUCCUGAAAGCCACUCCCUUCCUCUCACUCAGGCUCCCUCUUCUUGAUGGCCAGGUUUUGGCCUCCUUUGUGCGCGUCCAUAUUGGUGGACAGCCUGAGAAUCCAGGAGCGCUCAGAUCUUACUGCUCAGAAUCCAGGAGGGCUCAGAUCUUAUCUGGACUCAACUUGGACCCUUGUAUGACCUGUGUCCACUCCACUUACUGUCAGACACUACCCUGAGGCUUAGGGCACCAGGUCACAGUCCUGACCUCCACUGAGUGUCCGAUCUGUGCAGGCCCUACUGCUUAGGGAUCAUUGUUAGAUGUGGAAGGCAAAGCUUCCCAGGUCUCUGAGGGAGACCUAUGAAGACUCCUCCCAGGAAGUAAGCUGAAAGCCAAGGGCUGAUCAGGAAAACAGGAGGUAGGGGGAAGAGAAGGGCAGGUGUCUUCUGAUGUUCUAAUGGAGGUCGGAGCCUGGGAAUAAGGGUUCUUGGGAGGAGGUGGUGACACAUUCAGGAUGGAGAAUGUGGUCAGAUCUGGGAAGAAUUCAGGAAGUGAAGUGACAGGGCUUGGUGAUUGAGGAAAGUUCUUUCUCCAGGGCCUCAGUUUCCCCUUUGCUAAGCAGGUGAGAUAGAACAGGUUCUGUUGACUUUGACAAUGAACCUGACUCAGGGCCUGUUAGGAAAUGGCCCCUUCCCCAGUAACGAGCUGAAACAUAGUCAUGGAGCUUGGAGGUCCCUGGGGUAGAUCAUUUGACUAUUUGGAGCCUGGUAAAAUCUCUGGGAUCAGUGAGACCUGAGUUCAAAUGCUGACACUGCUAUUGGUUUCCUUUUAGCAUUCCUUUCUGUAGACUGGGCUCACAAUAAUACCUGCCCAGUAGGGCUCAUUGGUGAGGCUAUGAACUGCUGGGCUCCAAACCUUACAUAGGUGCUCAACAACAGAUGGCUCUUGGGCCCUGGAAUGUGACCUGUCUUCUGGUGGUUGCAGCCUGUGACCACUGUGCUCUUGGAGGGAGGUGCAGACUCAAGCCUCCCAGGCUUCAUUUGCACACAUAUUGCAUGCUACCCCCACAUCCCGCAGGCUCGUGCCCUCCUGCCUUUUUCCAAUGCCGUACCAAUGGCUUUUGUGUGCCACUUACCUGGCGCUGUGACAGCGACUGGGACUGUUACGACCGCAGUGACGAGGAGGAGUGCAGGAUUGAGCCGUGUGCCCAGAAUGGGCAAUGCUUGCCACCCCCUGGCAAUCCUUGCUCCUGUGAUGGCACCAGUGACUGUCGUGGUGGCACUGAUGAGAGGCUCCAGAACUGCAGCCACCCAGCCUGCCCAGCAGGAGAGCAGCGUUGCUUACAGGGUGACACCUGUAUCCCCCACACGUGGCACUGUGAUGGCCACUCAGACUGUCCUGACUCCAGUGAUGAGCUUGGCUGUGGAACCAAUAAGACCUUCCAGAAAGAGAAUACUACAAUCUUGGGGACCUCUGUGACCCCAGAGAGUGUCACCUCUCUCAGAAAUGCCACAGUCUGCUCCAUCAGGGACCAUUCUGGAAACCCAAGUGCCUAUGGGGUUAUUGCAGGUGCUGUGAUGCUGAGUGCAAGCCUGCUUGCCACCACCCUCUUGGUGCUGUCCCGGCUCCGAGCCCAGGAGCGCCUGUUGCCGCCACUGAGAUUGCUGGUGGCUGUGAAGGAGUCUCUGCUGCUGUCAGAACAGAAAACUUCACUGGUCUGAGGACAAGCACUUGCUACCAUGUCAUCCCAGUCCUAGUGCAGCCAGGCGAGGGGAGAGCAGAUACGGGAUAUGUGUGUACACAAGUGUCAACACAUCAGCCUUCUGAGACCUGGGCUCUUCUUGCCCCAUGGAACCUCAAACCCUGUUCUUAUAAAUGUGACCCUGGAGGUUGGCGGGUCCUCAGACACUCCGCCUGGACUUGGGGAGCUUGGAUGGGAAACAAACCACAGCCAGAACAAAAGGGCUGGCCUCAAGCCACUCCCAGGGGAUGGGACGGCCCUGUGCUCAGACACUCCGGCUGCCCCUAUCUAAGGGUGGUGAUUAAAAUUGCUUCAC